UUUUAUACCCGAGGGAUGGCUUCCGUGCGCACGCGCUCUGCUUCCCCAAAAUCCGUGUCCUUCUCCCCCGUUCUGGAAAGGAAAUACAUCGUCGAACGAACGCCGGCCUACCCCCCGGAGCUCAACCCGAGCGAUUGGAGGAAGUACUUCACGGACUUCAGCUCGUAUCUAGAUGCCCUGCUAGCGGAUCUACAGAAUUCAAUAAACCCGGGUCGCGUGAGCAGUCCUGGAGGAAGAACAACGUCUCCAAGUGGCAGAACCAGUUCUCCAGGAAGGACCAGUUCCCCGCUGGGUAGAGGCAGCUCUCCCGGCCGCCUUAGCUCACCCGGUGGCAGUCUCAGCUCGCCAACGUCUACAGGAUACGGCUCAAUUAAUGGCUCAAGAAACAUUGGUUCUGAUUACGCUAAGCCUGCGUCGCCAACAUACCAGAACACAUCGUCAUUCGAGAAGACCAUACCAGUAAAAUAUGCAAACAGUAGUAGUGCAACGCAGCCAAGUUAUGGUGGUCAUCAGGCACAGACGGCCGGCUAUGGCAGGACUGGAGGCCGGGGGAACCUCUCCGAACUGGACACGCUACUUGAUGACCUGAGCAACGCGAGAUACGGAAAUUUCGCCGACAAGAACUAUGUAGAAAAAACUGACGGGUACGCACGUACGAACGGAGCGACUAGUCCGGCCUCCAGCAGACCCACCGUGGAUUCACUUCUCGAUCAGCUGAGCACCGACAUACAUAAUGGACGGUCGUCCACGUCGCCGGUCGGAGGCGCGGCCACUCACGGCUCCCUGCGGCCGGGCACCAAGCAGGUGACGGUGACAGUGCAGGAGACGGUGGUGGAGCCGGCGCAGCACCAGCGGCCUCUCCAGCACCACGCCUCCACCGCCACCAAGGAGCUCGACGAUCUGAUGGCCUCACUCUCCGACUUCAAGGUGAGCAGCGCUACAGCUUCGACUGUGCCCCAGGGUAACGCGGGCACUCACGUUUAUUGUGAGAAACGCGCUUGGGAGGAAAAAUACCGCAGCAACCCGAGGCAGCCCGAACCCGCGUCACUGGAACAUAUGCUUGGAUCCCUCCGAGCAGAUAUGAGUCGCCAAGGAGUCCAAACCCCCCAGAAGGGAUGUUGCAACGCUUGCGAGAAGCCAAUCGUCGGACAGGUGAUCACCGCGUUGGGACGAACUUGGCAUCCGGAGCACUUUACGUGCGCUCACUGCAAUCAGGAAUUGGGGACUAGGAACUUCUUCGAGCGUGACGGUAAACCUUACUGUGAACCGGACUACCACAACCUCUUCUCACCUAGAUGCGCAUACUGCAAUGGACCAAUUCUGGACAAAUGCGUGACCGCGCUGGAGAAAACAUGGCACACAGAGCAUUUCUUCUGUGCUCAAUGUGGCCAGCAGUUCGGCGAAGAUGGUUUCCACGAGAGAGACGGGAAACCAUACUGCAGAGCUGACUACUUUGAUAUGUUCGCACCGAAAUGCGGAGGUUGUAGCAAACCAAUCAUGGAGAACUACAUCUCUGCCUUAAACACUCAGUGGCAUCCAGAUUGCUUCGUGUGCAAGGAGUGUCGCGAGCCCUUCCACGGCGGUUCGUUCUUCGAGCACGAAGGACAGCCAUAUUGCGAGACACAUUACCACGGGAAACGCGGCUCGCUUUGCGCCGGAUGUCACAAACCAAUCGCCGGUCGCUGCAUCACCGCAAUGUUCAGGAAGUUCCAUCCCGAGCAUUUCGUAUGCGCGUUCUGUCUCAGACAACUAAAUAAGGGAACGUUCAAGGAACAAAACGAUAAACCCUAUUGCCACGGCUGUUUCGAUAAACUUUUCGGUUAAGACCGAUAGAUGGCGCUGAAACUGAUAUGGCGCCAUGCACAGAUUAAUUAAACUAUGAAUGUUGUGUCUUUAUGGAAGAUAUCUGUGGUACUAAUAAUUAUUAUUGAUGAACUUCGUUGUUAUGAAUUCUUAAGUCGCGUAUUAGAUAGUGACAUUUCAAGUAGGCAAUGAAUGUGAUGUGAUCAAAUUAGCGUUUUUACUAAAAUUCUAAAUUUAGUUAGAGACAAAUCUUCUUUAUAACGUAUGGACUAAUCUAUCUAGUUUUGAAUAUUUAUUGAAAUCGAUAAAAAAUAAUUAUGUCAUUAGUUUGUAUUUAAAUAUUUUAUUACUCCCAAAAUAGUUAUUUAUGGUUAGGCUCUUAGGUGCAUAAGGAAGUAACGCUUAUAAAUAAUUUAGAUUAAGUAAACUCCAUUGUGUCUGUUAUCUUUGUUCUCAAAUGAGCUCUAAGCCGUCAGUGAUAAGGUUGUUUUUAGGUUGAUCUUCCAUUAGUUGAAGCCCGUUGUAUAUUUUAUUUCUCCUUUACACGUAUUGAUAAGUGACUGUAUGAGGAUGUAGAGUGCCAAAAUAUUAACUGGUGCAUCUCACGGUUCUGACAGAUUAGCCGUUAGAUAAAUAAUUUACCUUUUUAUUAAGCCUAAUGUUUUGUGUGCCUAAUUAUUAUACAAAUGAUUUAAGUUUUCUUUAGUGUGCCUAAUUAUUAUAUUAAUAUAAUUUGUGCCAUCUUUGCGUCAGCGCAGACCGAACUGCAAAAUGCUCCCGCAUGGUCGACCAAAAUGUUUACCGCUCGAGCAUGCAGGCGGCAUGCUCGACAAUGCGCGAGCCAUCUGUUAUAUAUCUGUUAAAUAUGGUCUGGGUUGCCGGCGGCGGGUGUGCUUCAUCAGUUUGAUGCCAAACUGAUCAACUUUUCUUCGUCCAUGUUCGUAGGUUCCGUUCCGUAGGUUGAUAGUCAUACGUCCGAACGGUUUCCUCGCUGCGGCAACACUGACUGACUGAUGCUCGCGCUCGCGCAUGUAGAAUGCAUACUCGAACACGCAGUCGGCUUGCUCGAGCAUCAAAUUUGCAUCAAAACGUGUAUUCAAUUUUGCGAAGUAUGAUAAUAAUCAUAAGAUAUUUUUUUCAAUAAUCUCAGUAAUUGCUCUGCUCUGCUCUGCUCUUUGUGUGCGCUGACCCUUUAACAUUGUUAUAAACAUUUAAUAAUUGUGAAAAGAAAAACUACUACUAGACUUGGACUAGUUUCUAAUAGAACAAUGGCCGCCUUUAUUGGCAAAGCAGAUUGUGCCCACUUGCAAUGUUUUCGACCUUUUUGAAAAUCUCGGCAGUAUGCCGAAAUGAUGAUUCGGCACGAAUGAAGUAUUAUUUGAGUUUAUAGCGAACAGACAGAUAGUUUUAUAAUAAGUAGUGAUUAUAAUCAUCAAAGAUUAUGAACAGAAAAUUGUGACGAUUUCUUUUUUUUAAUUCUGCCAUAAGUCGAUAUUGAAUUUUCACUUCAAAAAUUAAAUUAUAAUAAACAAUGUAUUUAAUAAACUUUAAAUGACAGAGUUGUCAGUUGUCAUACAGUACUGUAUAGCACAAGAACAUGGCGCGAUAAAGAAAUUUCACGACAACUAUGGAAUUAAUAAUGGAUAUUUUAUGUAAAACAAUCACUGGCAAAUUAUGAUGAGCGAACCAAGUUGAAAAACUCAGUCGCGUACGUUUUGAAAUUAGAUUUCUAAUUUUGUUAUAAUAAAUUUGUAUUUUGGGUCAUUUUAUAACUUGACUUAGAGUUACGUAUUUGAAGUGUGAUUUGUACGCAUUUGAAAUCUUCCUGAAAGCCAAAUAGGUACCUACAUAUGCAAUAAAAAGAUUAGAAAACCCAAACAGAAGCACAAUAUAAAGACUGAUAUUGUUUUAAUAUUUUCAAAACAUGUUUUCGCAUAGAGGGAUAUAUUAAUUUGUUCGUUUUUAGUAAAUUGAUUUUUUGGCGUUUCGGCCAAUAUGACUAGACUCCAAAGCCAUGAAAAUAGUCGUGUCCGCAUGCAUGUUCUCAAUUCAAAAUGUUUCCAACAUUAAUAGGUAAGUUAUUAGCUAGACCACGAUCUAAUGACACAUCAUUUAGAAAAUUUAACUCGUGUACCCAUUUCUAUGUUUAUUCUGUAAAAAACGCGGGAUUUCAUUGAACUAUUAAUAGAUUAGGUAUUUGAUAAUGUAGUUAUUAAUAAUAAUGUAGGUAAUAAGUUCUAGUAGAAACUCUACACAAAUACCUAAUAUUUAUUAAUAAUAUACUUAGCCACGAACAACUACAUGUCAGCUUUUAUAGUUAUUUUUGUUGUGUAAUAAGGGGUUUCAAGUACGAAUGUGGGUUUAUAUAAUAUGAUAAUAGUAUCAAAUGAGCGUUUAAAUACUUCAUUAUCAAUACUUAAUCUACACUCAGAAUUUGAAUCGUCUAAAAGAUUCUGAAAGUUAGCUUACUGCAAACAUUAAAACAGCCAGUCCUAGUAGUAACCUAAUAUCAUCCAUUACUGAUUAUAUACAAAUAAACUAAGUAUUAAUGAAAGAAUUAUUUAUUUUAGUAGUAAUUUACAUUUUGUAUAGUGCAAUUAUUAAAAUUGACUUGAAUAUAAUGUUCAAUUGCAGCGUUUAAAAUAUCUGGCGGUUGUUAUGAAAUUCAGUACAACAUUACAACACUCGUUUGGAUGAUGUAAUGGUUAUUAGGACAUUGGGUGUUUUAAUGUUGGCAAUAAGCUAAUUGUUUCAGAAUCUUUAAUAGAGAAUUUAAAGCAUGGGUGUAGAUUAAAUUGUUUACGAUGUUCACUAAAGUCAAAGUGGAAACUAAUCUGUCAAAUUUCGCAUGAAUAUUACAUAGAUUAUAAUGACAAAAGCUGGUACCAUUCGAAAAAAUAUUAAACAAAUAAAUUUGCUAUAUCGAGAUGUCUUUAAUUCUAUUAUCGCAUUUAAUUUGCUUUUCUUUUUUAUGGUUCAUCAGUAUGUAGCUACUGUAUUUAGUUUAAAAUUUAAUGACUAUUAUUGCUUGCCUGCUGAUAAUAUUGAUAACACGUUACAAGUUUUAAACUACGUGUACACUGUACAUUAUGUAAGUACCUUAUAUUGUUUAUUUAUUAACACGGCUUUACUCUCGGUUUAUCGGUGUGGGUACCGACUAGUGUCGGACCAUUCGCAGGUCUUUCAUCAGGGUGAGUGUAGUGGGUUCGCGAUUACAUCCCGUCUCUUACUGCGGAUUUGUGCAUAAAUAUGUGUCGUUCGCGAAUGAUCCAAAAGGCCCGGGUCGCGAGACCCACGCAAUCGACCCGUCUCCGUAGCAAAAGUGAUUUGUUCCAUUGCAAAUCGGUAUUCGUAUUUAGGCAUGUUCCAUACACAAAAUAUUAUAAUGUACUAGUUCGGUGUACUUGACGGAAAUCGACCCCAUGGUUGGUCUGUCUAGUAGAUAAAUUGUCUAAAUGUUUCAUUCAAUCAACAUUCAUAGUAAUGUGUUAAAUUAAGUUGUUGAUACAAGUAUAUGUGUUUUCAAGCUCGUUUGUCGAUUAAACUUCUGCCCGGUCCUUGAGCUCUAAGAAUUUUGAACCUUAUUUGCCUUAAAUUAUUGCUUAUAACAUAACUUAUUAUAAGCAAGAAGAAAACGGCUACCAACCCUCAUUGAUCAAAGUGUGUACCGAGGUAUACCUAUUAUUUGAUUGUUAAAUUGUAUAUCUAUUACUUAAAAGUUAGUUUUGAGUUUUUUAGGAGGUACAUUAAAAUGUCUCUUAUGACGUAUCAGUCCUUCUAUGACCGAAAGUGAAAGAGGGAAUGCCAGGACAGAUUAUAGGAAAUUCAUUGUGUUGCUCUAAGACCGCUUUCGCACUACGUCCGAUCCGAUCCAAACCCGUGAAAAUACGGUUCGGUGUAGUCAUAUACUAUUUCUAACGGUUGACGGAAAGAAAUCGGAUAGCGGAAGCCCGAUGUAGUGCGUAAUAAACUACCAUAAAAAUAGUUCUACGGCUACUUCGGACCGUGUUUUCACGGAUACCGAUCGAACGUAAAGCGAAAGCGCUCUUAGUAUACAUUUUAUUAAGUAUAUUUAUGUAUGUUUCUUGGUAAUUGUGGAACCGUGAGAUUUUAUUGUGUUUACAUAUUAUGAGUUAAAUUAACAGCCAUUUUAACAUGUUUUAUGUAUAAUUUUUGUAAGAAACAAUUUAUAGAAUCUGUAACAAAUAUAUUUUAUGUUUUA